CCUACUGAAACUUGUUUACCUGAUAACCUUCAAGACAUAAUCAUCAUCAAUGAAGACUCUGGGCAUGGCUGUGUUCAAGCAACAGAAAGUGGAGGAUUUUUAUGAAAUGGGAAAGGACCUUGGAAGUGGGCAGUUUGCUAUAGUGAAACAGUGUAGGGAGAAGAGUACAGGUGUGGAGUAUGCUGCAAAGUUUAUAAAGAAGCGGCAAAGCAGAGUAAGCAGAAGAGGAGUCCGCCGAGAGGAAAUUGAAAGGGAGGUGACCAUUCUACAGCAGCUUCAGCACCCCAACAUUAUCUCGCUGCAUGACGUCUAUGAGACCCGUACUGAUGUGGUGCUUAUUCUGGAACUGGUUUCCGGAGGGGAACUUUUUGAUUUCCUGGCCCAGAAGGAAUCUCUAAGUGAAGAAGAGGCGACAGAGUUUAUUAAACAGAUUCUUGAUGGAGUCCAGUACCUGCACUCCAAAAAAAUCGUACAUUUUGAUUUGAAGCCUGAAAAUAUUAUGCUCCUGGAUAAAAACGUCCCAAAGCCACGGAUCAAACUUAUAGACUUUGGCUUGGCACAUAAGAUUGAAGAUGGCGCUGAGUUUAAAAACAUAUUUGGGACACCAGAAUUUGUGGCUCCAGAAAUUGUCAACUACGAGCCUCUGGGAUUAGCAGCAGACAUGUGGAGCAUUGGAGUCAUCACAUACAUCCUAUUAAGUGGUGCAUCACCAUUUCUAGGCGAGUCCAAACAGGAGACUCUUGCAAACGUUUCUGCUGUGAACUAUGACUUCGAUGAGGAAUUCUUCGGCAGCACCAGUGAGCUGGCUAAAUGCUUUAUUAGACAGCUACUCAAUAAAGACACAAGAAAGAGGCUAACAGUAGAAGGUGCUCUCAGCCACCCCUGGAUAAAGCCUUUGGACCACAGGCAAGCACUGGUGCGCAGACAGUCUGUAGUCAACAUUGAGAAUUUCAGAAGACAACAUGUCCGCCGCAGGUGGAAGUUCUCCUUCAGGAUUGUUGCUCUUUGUAACCAUUUGACACGUAUGAUGAAGAAACCAGAAUAUGACUGUGAAAGCGACCAGGAGGAGGACGUGUUGAUAAAGAGACCCAAGACCAGGAAAAGGAGCAGCACCUCCUGAGGUUCAUCAGGGCCACUUCAUCAUGAUAAAGCUUCUGCAGUAGGCAAUAAGACGCCAGUCUCAGAAAUACAAUGAUGUGAAACUUUUCAGGAAGGGCCUUCAACAUGUUCACAACUCAUAAAGAUAAAAUGAUUAGUAAGUGAGUCUGAAUAAUAUGCAUAUAUAUGCCUUGGACAGAUUCAGACAUGGAAAUGGAUGAUGCAAUAAGUGCCAAUGGGGUGAUUUUAAAAUAAUGUGUCUAAAGCUGUGCAGAAUAGUAAUGAAUGUUUUAUAUUUGUUAUGAGUGCAAUGAUUAAUGUAACAUGAAACCUUCUUUUAAGUUUUAAGCUUUCUGAAACCUUCCAUUUGCAUUAAUUGAAGACUUUGGAGUCCGCUGCUUGAAAGGUGUCUGCUGUCUUAAUACAGUCUAAUUUUAACAUAUUGACACCCCUGGUCAAAUUCCAGAUAAGAAUAAGUUAGCACAUCUUAACCCUUUUUUUUUUUUAACAAAAUGGGGAUGUGAUAUCUCUUAUCUCCCCCUAUAUUUUAAAUUCACCAAAUGAAAAUGAAUAGUCAUUUAGUAUGAGGAUAUCAACAAAACAUGGAUUUUUAUUAAAAGAGCAUGACAUUUUGUAUUAGACUGUACACUGGCAUCAAGCAUAACAUUAUGACCACCUCCUUGUUUCUACACUCACUGUUCAUUUUC